AUGGUUAAGGGUUUGCACAGCCAAAACCUCCCCGCCGAUGUAGCACACGUCGUCGAUCAGCUAGAGCGCCACUGCUUGGCUCCCGAUGGAUCUCUCAUCUCCAAGCCUCUCUACAACGAUCUCCAACUCGCUAGAGAGGAAAUGUGCAGGGAAAGACUUCGAUAUCUCGAAGCCAUGGCUAUAUAUUCUGAGGCUAUUGCAAUGGUGGAAGAGUAUCAUCAAGCCAUUUCUGUGUCUAGCAUCGGUGGAAUGAGAGAUACUGGAGGUCUUUAUCCGCAGUUCGGAUUGAGGAACUCUCCUCAGGUUUAUCAGACAUUAGAACAUCAAAUGAUUGUCGCUGAAGCGGCUCAGCGAUUGAGACUACCUCUUAUUUCCAAAGAUGGAGAAGUUCAUGAUGAAGAAAUUGAAAAGCUAAGUGUAGUAUCUCGAAGCUCCCUUGACAGUAAUAGCACUAGUGCUGUGAACAACCCGAGCUUGAGUUCUUCUAAUUAUGCCACUCCAAACAGCUCUGUUAGUGGGGUUAAUUAUUCUCUUGCUUCUAUGGAUCAAGUAGACCCUGUAGUUGGUGGUGUUCCCAAUCGUUUUCUUGGAAUUACACCGGCUUAUUUGUGGCAGACUCAGCAUCUGAAAACGCCAUUAUCUGUGGAUAUGACAGAAUAUCGUAUGUCUCUCUCACGGGAGGUAGAUGCUCGCUUGAAAAUGAAAUGUGAUAAGUUAUCAGAUGCGUUUGUAUUGGAAGACAACGAUUCAUCAUCAUUUGGAAGUCAAAGUUCAACUUCACGGCUUCCAGAAAGAGUGAAGUUGUUGAUUGAGGAGAUCGAAAGAGAAGAAGCAGCACUGAGGGAUGACCUUUAUUCUGCUGAUAGAAAAUUUGCUGAAUAUUAUUCUGUACUGGAACAGAUACUUGGGGUGCUCAUUACACUUGUCAAAGAUUUGAAGUUGGACCAUCAACAUAAAUAUGAUGAGAUGCAGAAAACAUGGCUCUGUAAAAGAUGUCAGACCAUGAGCGCAAAAUUGAGCGUUUUAGAAAAUGUUCUUCUCCUCGGAACUUACACUAAGGAGUCUAUACCCGCCCUUCAUAAGAUAAGGAAGUAUCUCGUCGAGGCUACUGAAGAGGCUUCUAUUGCAUAUAAUAAAGCGGUUACUCGACUGCGUGAGUACCAGGGUGUCGAUCCUCACUUUGACGACAUUGCGAGCCAGUACCACGACAUUGUAAAGAAAUUGGAAAACAUGCAAUGGACAAUAGACCAAGUUGAGAUGGAUCUGAAACGCAUGUCAGAUAGUUCUACCUCAUAG